UUUUUAUAUCUUCCAUUCCGUCGCUGUCCCUGUUUAUUGCGUUUGUGUCUUGUGACCGUUUAGGUGAGUUCAGCCCGACAGAAGAUGCCUCUCUGGAGCUUCAUGGUCCUCCUUUUCCAUAUCAGCAGUUCGGCAGCCAUCUCUUGCUAUGGGGACAGCGGCCAAGCCGUGGAUUGGUUUAUUGUAUACAAAUUGCCCAAGGUUCCUUGGAGCAAGAGUCCCGAUGAGGGCAUGAAGUACAUGUAUCAAGACGCUCAGAGCGGAGGAUGGCUGCCAGGGAAGUCCUUAAUGAACAACACAGCCAGCGCGGUGGGACGGACCCUCAGCCAGCUCUAUGGCUCCUCCAAGGCAAAGGAUGUAGCCUAUGUGCUGUACAACGACCAAGCUCCUACGGGCAAUGCCGACGCCAUCCGCGGCCACACCAAGGGUGUUGUUCUUCUGGAUAAGACCCAGGGGUUUUGGUUGGUGCAUAGUACCCCACAUUUCCCUCUUCCUGUAGAGCAGAAGUACGGCUGGCCACACAAUGCGCUUCACAACGGCCAGUCCUUCCUUUGCGUUACUUACCCUUACAGCCAAUUCAAAGACAUCGGCACGCAGCUCCUAUAUAAUACCAUCACGGCGUACAAUUCAUCCAUCCCCGAUGACUUUUCUCAAGACCUUCCUGACUUGAAAGCUGCAUCACAGAAGAAAUAUGUGAGCAAACCGCCAUGGAACCGGCAAGUGACGCUGACCUCAGCCGGCGGGAAGAAUUUUACCAGCUUCUCCAAAAACAUGAGAUUUGGAGAUGAUCUGUACUCUGGAUGGGUGUCGCAGGUGCUGAAGUCGGACGUGUACGUGCAGUUUUGGUUGAACUCGCAUGGAACUCUCUUGUCCAACUGUUCUCUGGAUUAUCAUACGUAUGAUAUUCGGGCCAUUCGCUUCACCUCAACUCUAAAUUUCAGCUCCCACAUCGACCACUCCAAAUGGUGCGUCACGGGCCCCGAGGUCCCUGGCUGGACCUGCAUUGGGGAUAUGAACCGCAACCUACAGGAGGAGCAUAGAGGGGGUGGCACAGUGUGCGUCAUGGACCCCGUUGUCUGGAAAUCCUUCUACUCCCUUGUGUCUAAUUAUAGCAUUUGUGCCUGAUUAAUGUCCAGGAGUGGGGAAAGCGCAGCGUGGAAAGAUACGCUUUGGGUUUUGGCUGUUAAGUUAGGAUUCAUCCAUUCGGCCAUCAAUCACAGCCAUAACCAUCACAUUCCCUACCGCUUUACCUCAACCACGAGCGCCUAAAUGGCUUGAAAUGGCCCCAAAACAGCUCAUAAUGCUUAAAUCUGGCAAUGAAUGGACGAAUCCUAACGAAAUUUGGGCACUUUUGCCGUUCGUCU